AGAUGUGUAAUGCCGUGGAGAACUAAUGCAUAACAAAUGAAUUGUGUGACGGUGCUAUGAAAGCGUAUGUUAUAGUACAGAGUUCACACAGUCAGUAUUCAGACAUUGGAACAUGUCCCUCUCUAACACUGAUACAGCAACUAUCAUAGAGUUUAAUUCAUGUCCACUUUCUCCUCUCUCCAGACCACAGAUUUAUUUGAAAUGAUUGAGAAGAUGCAGGGCAAAAGAAUGGAGGAGCAGCGAUGCACCUUUCCUCCCCCACUCAAAACUGAGGAGGACUACAUUCCUUACCCCAGUGUCCAUGAGGUGUUAGAGAGAAAGAGCGGGUUCCCCCUGAUUCUGCUACCUCAGUUUGGGGGUUACUGGAUCGAGGGGAACAACCAUGAGCUGAGUGAUAGUACUGACCCAGACCAGAUCCAGCCUCUGUCCCCCACCACACGCAACAAGCUGGAGAGUAACUGCACCGCCAAGAUCUACAGAAAGCACUUUCUGGGCAAGGAGCACUUUAAUUACUACUCAGUGGACGGCGCUCUGGGACAUCUGGUGUUCUCCCUGAAGUAUGACGAGAUCGGAGACCAGGAACACCUUCGCCUCAUGCUCAGGACCAAGCUGAAGACCUAUCAUGAUGUGAUCCCCAUAUCCUGUCUCACGGAGUUCCCUAACGUGGUGCAGAUGGCCAAGCUUGUCUGUGAAGAAGUGAAUGUGGAUCGCUUUUUUCCUGCCCUUUACCCAAAAGCUUCAAGACUCAUCGUCACUUUUGAUGAACAUGUCAUUAGCAACAACUUCAAGUUUGGAGUCAUCUACCAGAAGUUUGGACAGACAUCAGAAGUAGAGUUGUUUGGAAACAGUGCCGAAAGUCCUGCCUUUGUUGAAUUCCUAGAGUUUCUGGGGGAGAAGGUCGAGCUGCAUGACUUUAAAGGGUUUCGUGGUGGGUUGGACGUGACCCACGGCCAGACAGGCUCUCAGUCCGUCUACCACAACUACCGCAACAAGGAGAUCAUGUUUCAUGUGUCUACCAAGCUGCCUUACACCGAGGGGGACACACAACAGUUGCAGAGAAAGAGGCACAUAGGGAACGACAUCGUGGCCAUAGUGUUCCAGGAGGAGAGUACACCCUUCGUACCAGAUAUGAUCGCCUCCAACUUCCUCCAUGCCUACGUGGUGGUGCAGGUGGAGAACGCCUGUACUGACAACGUACUGUACAAGGUGUCAGUGACAGCUCGAGAUGACGUACCUUUCUUUGGACCUCCCCUGCCAGACCCGGCCGUCUUUAGAAAAGGUCCAGAAUUCCAGGAGUUCCUCUUCACUAAGCUCAUCAACGCUGAGUAUGCCUGCUACAAAGCUGAGAAAUUUGCCAAACUGGAGGAGCGUACGCGGUCCGCCUUGCUGGAGACGCUGUAUGAGGAGUUACACAUCAACAGCCAGGCCAUGAUGGGUCUGGGAGGAGACGAGGAUAAGAUGGAGAACGGGUCCGGAGGAGGAGGGGGCUUCUUUGAGUCCUUUAAGCGGGUGAUUCGCAGCAGAAGCCAGUCUAUGGAUGCCAUGGGUCUCAAUUUCAAGAAGCCACUCACUGUCUCCACUAGUCUCAGCGUCAACUUUACCCACAACCCACCUGAGAGUCCCAAAUUCCCAGGGAUAUCAUUGCUUGUCCCAGGGAAAAGUCCCAGUAAAUAUGGCCGUCGAGGCAGUGCCAUAGGGAUAGGAACAGUAGAAGAGUCUCUGAUCAUCCCUGGGAAGAGUCCAACCAGGAAGAAGUCUGGUCCCUUCAGCUCCAGGCGCAGCAGUGCCAUCGGCAUCGAGAACAUCCAGGAAGUCCAUGAGAAAAUCAGCAGCCACAGCAGUAGGGAGUGUUUACCUGGAACACAGAAGACACCUGACAGUGGCCACGCGACUCAGGACCCCAAGUCUGAGAACUCCUCCAAUCAGAGCUCACCAGAGGUGCUCACCACAAAGAACAUGUUUGCUCUUUGUAACAACAGGGCCCAGUCUAUCCCUGAGGGUCACGACCUUUCCCGCUCCUCCUCCAACGCCAGCAGCUUUGCCAGUGUGGUGGAGGAGAAUGAGACAGAGGCCAUUGAGGACUACGACACUGGCAUGGAGAGCCUGUCUUCAGCGGGGAUGCCCCACAAGCGGGACUCGUUAACCUACAGCACAUGGCUGGAGGACAGUAUGAGCAGCACGAGCACCACCAGCCGAGGCUGCUCGCCAGGUCCUGGUAAACCUGAUGGGGGUAAAGGGUCAGAAAUCCGUAUCAAACUGGACCGGCCACAGGAUCAUCAGUCCUCAUCGAACUGUUAGCCUCUCCCACCUGAUUGUUUCCUGGAUGUCCAUCUGCAGCAUUCCCAUAAGACACAAUCCUUCUGGGAGAUGAGACGAGCGCAGGCUUUCGCCGUAACCAAUGACGACGAUGAGGAGGUGGACCCUGGCCAGCCUGCUGGUCAGUGAGGCCAGACCACCCCUUCCCAGAAGCCCCGGCGGUGGCGUGGGCGGCGGCUGGCAUGCCAGGGGAGGAAGUCAGUGUUGUUUAUUUCUGCUCACUCCCUUACCUGUCUGUCUGUACACACAUCUUCUGCCUGGCUUUGUGUUUCAGAAGCACUCUUUUUGUUACCCAUUAAGUAAAUAGGUUUAUUUGUCCCAGUGAACAAAUGGUACCUGUGGUUCAGUUUUGUUGAGGCCAGCUGUAUAUAGCCAUGCAGAUCACACAGUGUAGCCACAGUGCCAUUGAACUCAGUGACUUUGUUAGGUGACUUUGCCAGUGACUUUGUUAGGGGCAUGUUGGUGUUGUCGUAUGGAUUGUACAUUAUAGUGACAAUUUGAUUGAACCCAUUCAAUCUCACAUACCAAAUAUCCAACAACAAAGAUGUGUGCUUUUUAAUUAAAUGUCCAUUAUUGGUUAUGUUGAAUACAGUUGAAUGUGUUAGUGAUUUUUCAGGUAAAGUGAUUGUAAUGUGUCUGUUAGCCAUAGCUUUAACUUACUGUAUAGAACUGUAGAGCCAAAAACAGUUGCUCUGACAGAGUGAAUAUUUUCUUCUCAAUAUACAAUAACUGGGAUAUUGUCAUCACAAUAUACAAUGUACUUCAAGCCUCACCUGCUCAUACUGCAAAUCUGCAAAUCUAACAAGAAAGAAUGGAAAUAUAGCCUUGAACCUUUAAAAUGCAGUUUUUCUAUAGCUUCAUUAUUCAUUUAUACCCUUAUCAACAUGGUCAGAAGCAGACAGUAAUUGGACAAUGCAUGGUUUCAGAUUAUAUGUUAUAUGAUCACACUGUUUUUGCACACAGGAUGCUCAUUGCUAACUGCUACCGAUUUAUUAUUAUUAUUAUUGUGAACCACCGUCAUUUUGUGUAAUUGUAACCUAACAGGCAAUUUUAGCUUUGCACUUUCUGUCCACAGAAAUAGUUGUCUAUUUUGUUGUGUAUCAAGCAGGUUACUGAGGUCAGGUAUGUAGAGAUGUGUUGAUGACUACAGGGGUAAUUCAUAACUGAAUUGAAUAACGUACUGUAUUAGUUCAUCCAAUCAGCUAGUUUGCCGGUCUAAUCUACAUUACAAACCCUGCAACCUAAGUGUUGCCAUCAGUACCCGCGGAUAAAUAUGUUUGUAUUUAUUUAUUUGGGGAUGGGGGACUACUGUAUUAUUAUACAGUAUAUUUGCUGUUGAUAUAUUUCUAGUAUAUUAUGGGAGAGAUGUACAGAGAUGAAUACUACAGUUUGUGCAUGUUAUACAGUAUAAUCCUACCCUCCACUCCAUGCCAAAUCUAAUGUAACCUGACAAUGACAUUUAUUUUUGUGAAAAUCAUGAUGGGGUUCUACAUUAUACAUUUACAUACAACUCUGUUUCUUCUGUUGAGCACUGCCAAAUGAACACAGUGUGUGGCAUGUACAAUUUGAAAAGUAUGUUUUAAAAUAAACAAAAACUAUCCCACACUGUCUGCUCAAUAAAAGAGAACAACGCAUUAUCAUGACAGAGCUGACAAAUGUGUGAAGAAAGGUAUCUGAGCUAAAGAGUUUGAAUGUAGAACAUAUUGAACAGAUACUGUAUAUGUCUAUCUAACUAAAAUUGCCCUGAUAGCUUUUAUAUUCAACUGCCUUUUGGAUAUGAUUUCAUUCUUAGAUCUUUAGUUUGUGAAUAAUGUUACUGUACACAUUCACCUCUUGCCCUAGAUCCCUGUUUAGAGAUGACUUAAAGACGCCAUCAUAACAUUUGUGACAGUUAAACAAUGAAAAGUGUGUUGCCUACUGUUUAGCUCUUUAUCAUUUUCCUGAACUGAAUGAAACCGUUGAAGGAAUGUCCUAUAAAUAAGUUAUUUGAUGUGGCUAACCACCACCAGUCUCUAAAAGUAGAGCGCUGUAAAAGUUGAGGCUUCUCUCCUCUCCUCUUACAUAACUGUGCCACAUGUACCAGAUCAGCAUAAAAUAUGACUGAGUCAGUAACUCAUCAUCAUCAAGGCGGGAAGAAAUGGUAUCAAUGCGUGAAAAGGACUGAGACGGAUGCAGUUUUUUACAAAUAUAAAUGAUAUACUGGUACUACUCGCAACUUCUAACCUUACCUAUGUCUUUAUGUUAGACUAUACUCUUCGGUCUUCACAUUAGUCCAGUGUAGACAGAAAAAGCUACAUUUCCAAUAACUCAACAGAGUGAUGGUGCCCUCCAGUGGUGUACACUUACUUAUAUGUGCAUAUUAUUGUUUUAUGCGAGUUGCUGUGCUUAUGGGAUAGUCACAUUGGAGAUGGGGAUCUAGUAAAACACAAUGCCGCACUGUCACAUCAGGUUACUGGAAUUUAAAUGAUUAAUUAUUUAGAAAAUGUAUGAACACUGCUUCAGUGUGAUCUAUUCAACAGAUUGUAUUUGUGUUCUGUUUUAUUAGUGCAUUCCUGUAAGAAAUUAACUUGUAAAUAUGUUUUCCUUCAUUUGUAAAUAUAGCCAAAAUAUGAAAUAAAGAGCCUGGAUUCAUU